AUGGAGUAUGUUUCAGAUGAGCCAAGUGAUUUGUCCCAAAGUGACCCUAUUGAAAGACAUUUCGAAACUCUCAAAUCCGCUAGAAAUUGGGAUGCAAACGAGAUUCAGCUAAUUUCUAGUAGAAAAAAGCAGAAAAGCAGGAACUCCGUUCUUUCAUACAAUGGAGGAAGAACUAAGUGGUUUAGUCUGAGAACUUUGUUGUCAAAUAAAAGCAGCAGAGUAAUCCCAGAUCCCAAUCCUCAAUCUGAAGAUGAAAAAGAAUUGGAAGUCAGGAACAAUAAUAACCAGGAUAGCAGUAUCAAUGACCAUUCAGUAAUAUUUUCAGUUAAACUUCAGGGAGAUGUACAAUAUUUCAACAAUUCUGAAGAUAUUUCUCCAAUAACUGUCUACGUGUCAAUCAGGACUAGAUUUUUAUGAUGAAAGUAUUGGAAACCUAUCAAACUAGUGUUCAACCCUGAUUCUCAAGAGCUCUUAAUUGGCUCAAAAGUCAUUAAUUUCGACGAUAUUAUUGAACUGAAGCCUAUUUUCAUUCGAAUGAAAAAGAAUGAAGAACUUAUGCCACAGGAUUCUUCUUCAAAUCUGCGGAGUAGGACAAACCUAGCUCUUCCUUGAAUGACACAGAACGAUAUUGAGCAAAAAUGAUUUUAUGAAUUGAAAAUAGUUUAUUGCCAUAACUCUACCCUCAAGAUGUACCAAAUGAAGGAAAUCUCUGGUGAAGACAUACUCGGGAUAAAAUAAACUCUUAGCCUCGAAACCUUCCCAAAUAGAGGAUCUUGAGGGAAGCCAAGCCUGCACUCGAAUGAGAUUUUACCAAAAAUAUCCAAAUCUACUGAAAGUCAAAGGGUACCAACUUAUUGAAGAAUCUAUGACCAUUCUAGGCAGAAAGAAAGAGUGACAACUUCUUGUCAACCAACAGAAUGAUAAUCCCGGAAAUGAUAUUUUGUUCAAGUAA